UCACGUUGGUCGUAUUUGACAUUCAAGGACCCCGUGCUGUGUAAAUCCCAAGGGAGUUUUAAUUAAUUAACCACAACAGGGCAGUGCAGUUGCCAUUCCAAUAUCAUAAUAUCAAAGUGAUCGAAGGAGAAAAUUCAAAAGAUUAGUGAAACAUCAAAGCAAUCGCCGCACGAUCAGAUAAUUUUGGUCUCAGCCAGGCGAAAUAAUUUAACAACCAACUGCGUUUCAAAUAGUGCGAGCACAUAAAAAAGUCGCUCUGCAAGUGUGAGUGCUCAACGUUCGCACUAACACAACGACCGAGGAGGAAUGUGUUCCCCAUCGGUGGCUAGCGGUGGUUCGUAGUGUAUGAAGCGCUUGCAUCGUCAUCAUUUGGUCGUCGAACGUGGACCAGAGUGCCUCGCGAGCGUGUCGUUCGUGUUUUCAAGAAAGAGAACAAAAAACGGUGGUAGUGAGAGUGGGAGAGAGCGAUAGUGUGGAGAAGAGAUUAAAGUGAUUCUCGGAAAGCAAAAAAGCCGAAGAAGAGAUUGAAGACCUCAGCAUAAAACUGGUUCGUUACGCGCGCACUCGAUUUUUCGUGUUUCAUCAACCUUUCGCGGCGUGUAUUUGGAAUAGGCUCAACUGUGUUGUGCGGCGUGAGGGUGCGGAUGUAUGCGUGCCUGUUGGUGAUUGAAGAGGUUUUUUAUGGUGUUAUUAAAUUGGGGUUGCCGCGUUGAGAGAUUGUUUUGUUUUGCGUUGAACGUGAAGAAAUUAAGAGAAACGGAAAUUUGGUUUUAUAAUGGGUAAAAUUAAGUGGAUGUGAAGAAGUCUUAAGUGGAAUACUGUCAGUGACCAUUUUUGGAUUACACAUGAUUGGAUUACGCAUGCACUUGGAUUAUUGAGGAUUAUUCUAAAUGGUUCUUCAGCCGGCUGCUGCUAGGAAGCACAAUACCGAAAUGGCUGGUGAAGUGACCAAGGCAGCCAAGACCAUGACUACGGUCGUCAAUGGUCCCGAAUCGCCGUACAAACCGAGCAAGGUUCUGCUUAGCUCGGUUAAUCCCUACAUCACGUGUAAUCUGUGCAAAGGUUACCUGAUCGAUGCAACCACCAUCGUUGAGUGUCUACAUUCAUUUUGCCAUAGCUGCAUUAUGAAACACUUGCGUACGGAGCAGUAUUGUCCACAGUGUGAGAUGAUGAUAAACAAGGCGAAACCAAACAUCAAACCCGACGCCACACUGCAAUCCAUCGUGUACAAACUGGUCCCGGGGCUGUACGAGAAGGAACUGCUCCGGAAGCGAGCCUUCUACCGGCAGCACCCGGAGAAGGCCGCCCUGACGACACCGGAGCAACGAGGCGAAGACACCGAGCAUCUCAUCUUCAGCCCCAGCGACAAGUUCUCUCUGACGCUGGAAUACGCCGACAAGGAACUGGCCGACGAAAACGAAGAGCUCCUCAAGCCGAAGGUUCUCAAAUGUCCGGCCGUCUUCACGAUCGCCUACCUGAAGAAAUUCAUCAUCUACAAGUACAACAUUCCGACGCAUCUCUUCUACGUGGAAAUCAUGUACAAAGUGCAAACAAUCACCCUGCCGGACCACUACACCCUGAUGGACGUGGCCUACAUCUACACGUGGAAGAAGGAUGCCCACAUGAGGUUCUUCUACCGCAUCAGAACGCACGAGAUGAAAUCGGUGGAGCUGCCGGAGGUCCCUCUGCGGCGUUCGCCGAGCAUCUCGACCGGCCGCACCAGCACAUCGCUGACGACCAUCAAAGAGGAGGAACCCGACAGCAAGGAAAAUUCGGACCUCAUAAAACCGAGUGACAUUAAACGGGAAGAACCAAGCGUGGUGGAAUGUGAUAACAAAGUGAAUAGUGAUUCCACAACCCCAACCACAACUGUUGCGACUGCUCCAUCGGUGCCAAACAAAACGACGUCGCCUUCGACGACGACGGUGGCAAUGGUGACAACUUCUGCCUCCAAUGCUCGCUCUGGUGUGAGUGAGCCAACGUUGGAUGUGAAGUCCAAUGUUUCAGCGCUUGGUGGACGACAUCAACAGCAGCAAGUGGAAAGUGUCGAACAGCCCAAAGUGAAGAAGAAUGAAUCGAUAAAGCUGAAAAUAGAAAUGAACAAAAAUACUUAUGUCAGUAUCCUGCAAAGCCCUCAGCCGGAUGCUGGCAGCAAGCAUCACAAAUCGGACAAAGGGGAAAAGGUGAAGAAGAAGAAAUCAGAGGACAAGGACAAAAGUGUCAAUAAGAUUAAAUCGUCCAGUGAUCUCAAGAUUAAGAUAGAAAAAGUGAAAGAUGGACUAGUCAGUGUGAAGAAGGACGGCAAAAGCAGCAAGAAGGCACCGUACAAGGUGGAACUCAGUGGACUCAGUGAUGUGAAGAACAAUAAUCAUAAAAGUGCCGAUAAUGAGUACGAAAGUAAAAAAGCAAAGAAAGAGGCGAAAAUGUUGGACAAAUGUGCGAAAAAAAUGAAAUCACCCAAACGCAACCUGGAUUUGGAAAAAGUGCAACCGUCGAUUGUGUUGAAGAUCGACCAGAAGAGUCCGGAACUGUCGACUUCCACGUUGAAGAUGGUAUCGCACCCUCUGGCGUCGUCUUCGCCGAAGCACAAAGCGGAAGCUACCUUGGAAGAUGAAAAGUCCCAGUUUUUGAACUCUUUUGAACUAACUCCGAUCAAAUCUAUUCACAAUAAGUCCGGAUCACCUAUGAGUUCUCCGGAAUCGAAUUCGUCUUCACCACCGAGUUCUUCGAGUGGGGAUAUGAAACUGGGAAAGCGCAAGAAUAAGGAUGCUCCUGCUGGACGAAGUGUUCUUAAGAAGCCGAAGCUCUCCGACGACGAAAUGAAGGCACUUGUGGAGAGGACAGUUCAACAGACCAAGUUCACUUCUGAGCACAUGGCAUCUUUAACUACUCCGGCAAAGACAGCUAAGAAACAUUUGGAAAAUCCGCCUGUAGCAGUUCCGGUUUCAGUUCCCUCGCAACCACUGCCUGUAAAAAGCGAAACUUCAGCCAAGGAGGUUCCAAAAUCUGAACAAAAAUCGAAAACAACCGGCUUUAAGGCUCCAUCAGUACUUCCUCCUCCGGUGGUAUCUGCCAAUAAUAUUCCCGCACCCAAACCUACUCAGCCUGUGAUGAUUGCCCCGAAACCUGUGGCAGAAGCUCCAAAACGACCCUCAGUGCCUUCGUUCCCAAAACCCAUACAGCCAAUGAAGAAGCUACCUCCACUUCUACCGAAAGAUCCCGACUACAUAAAGAACAACAAACAGAAGCUGAUGGAAAUGAAACGCCCUCAGCAGUCAUCCGCCGUAAAUUUGAACAUAUCCCCCAACAAGGACACGGAGAUUAGCCAAAUCAAGCCAGAAGACGCUAAGAAAAACAUCAAAGUGUACGGUCCACCCUCGGACAAUGACAACUUUGCCGUUCCUGCCGCAGUUCCAUCCCUGUCCAAGACGAAAACAAACAAGAAUCGACCGGUAAACUUCCUAAACUAUGCCCUACACAACACAAACAAGGCUCCGGCCGGUUCUCGAACCCCAAUCCCGUCAUACUCCAGCUCACCCAGCUACUCGCCAGACUCGCCCCAGUACAAUCCCAACUUCAACAUCUCCACCAAGCAGUAUAAAUAUACAAACCCACUUGCAUAUGCUAAUUUCGUUCAAAAUAUGCUCAACGAUCGCAAGAGUAGCAAUGUCUCCCCUCCGUCUGUGCCGGAAAAGAAACCUGAGCAAUCGAACGAGAGGAAGCGGCCUUGCCCUAGUCCGGAAAUCAAGCAAGAACCACCGGAAAAACAGCCGAAAGUUCAGUCACUGCUGAAUCAAAUCAAUAUCCCCUCCUCGCUGUCCAUCACCUUGGCUACGGAGGAAGACGAAGCGGCCCGAGAAAAGGCACGAAAGAGUCUUCCCGAAGAGGACAAAAACUACAUCGAAAUCCUAAAGCUACCGGAAAUUUCAAUAACGGAAGCCGACCGGACCACGCCACCGAAAGCGCAGGAAACCGCUCAAAAGAAAUCCGCCAAAUGUCCGAGUCCAUCCAAAUCAGACUCACUGUUAGCGCAAAAGGCCAGCGAGCUCGAUAAAUCCUCAUUCCAGGAUUCAUUCAUUCAAUCGAUUAAAGGGAAAGUGGAAAAACAGCGACCCAACAAAUCUGGCAACAAGCCAGAGAAGCAACCCGCUCCGGUGUUCACCCCACCGACUCCCGUGCCGAACAACAACGCAUUCAAACUGCCGAAUGCAACCGUUCUCAGCAAUGGUAUUGUGAAGCUCAACUCCUACCCCGAAUUGGAUCUCAUCAACAAGAACAGUGCCAGCCAAAGUCCUCGGCCGUUGCCUUCUCCACCCAAAACAACCACCUCCAAACAUAUUCCGAUUGCUCCGAAACCAACUGGCACAUUCUUCCCGCCAACCGGAACACCGCCAGUGCCUUCUCCAGCCCAUCGCAAGAGCAUGUCACCCCCGGUCCCAAAACCUUCCAUCUCACCAAUGCAACCCAAGUCCAAAACUCCUCCAAUCGUAUCCUCGUCGUCCCCAUCGCAUGCAACCCUCGCUUCCAUGGGUCCCAUGUUCGGUCUCCAAAUGAAGCCGGAAGGAUCCGGCUUUCAUCAUCCGAAAAAAUCUGAGCCAAGGCCGAAGAAAUCCUCGCAGAAAUCGCCCAAAUCCAGCGCUCUGGAUCUCACGGCCACCCCUGCCCCGAUGGUUGACAAAACCAAAGAGACCAUGAACAUGCUCAUGAUGAACAACAACAUUAGCAACGCGCAAAAGUACCAAAUGGCCAACUACCUCAACGGCAUGAUGGUACCGCCAAUGGGUGGCAAUCCUAUCCUCAACCAAAUGAUGGCUGCGUCCUUCUACUUGCAGCAGUGGAACCGAAUGACUCAAGCCAAAACAGACAGUCUGGAGAAAUGAAACUUACUCCCACCAACGACUCGGGAAGCGAUUGUGAUAGACAUUCCCUAGCCGCGAAAAAGCGGUUGAACAGCGCGUCGUUAAUGGGACAGUGGCAGUCAAUCUUCAGCCGAUUAUUUAUUGGAUUAUUAAGACGGGACGUGUUGUGCUCAAAUUGAAAUCUCACGCCGUUCGGAAGAGAGCAAAAGCCAAAAACAAACACACCGAAAAGACACAAACACACAUCAUGUAUACGAUUUAACGAGGAACGUUUUCCCCUGUAAAUACCACAGCAUUGAAUGUUUAAUUUUUCGUUAUCGUGUAGAUAUGUAUUUGUGUGUAAGCUCAACUCAUAGUCAGAAUAGGAUACAGCUGUUUGUGUGAAACGAGAAACCGCUUCAAUCGAACCGGGCUAAAAGCCUCUGGCUGCAUCUAGAUUGUAAAGCAAACGGAAAACAUGUGAGUUCGUUUAAGGCUGUUUUUACGAGGGAAAAUUGUCCACGCGAGAGAGCGAAACGCUAAUGUCGAGUUAAUUCUCACAAUUUCUCGUUUCUUCAUCUCGACACAUCCAUUCACAUGUCAAACGACAACGACGGUGACGAAGACGACGAUGUUACGUUGGUAGGUCUUUUUUUUUAUCUUUGUUUACGAAACGUCAAAGUCCGUCGCUAGGAGCCAGUCAGGUUUGGGCUUGAGCACGGCAGAGCUGUGCUUUCUUCUUGCUCACGUUUUCUUUGAGUGAAUUGUUGUUGUUUGGCAUUGAGGCCUCCGCGAGAAGCGAAACCACACCACAGCCAGCAUUCGCUGCUGCUGGGAGCUGUUCUAUGAAAAAUGAGAAAAAAAAAAAAUAGUAGUGACUAAAGAGAGCAAAAAAUAAAACCUUUAUGUAACGGAAACGCUAAAGCAAAGCUGCUUUUCUCCGCUGGUUUUCAAGGAAAUCUGUUGUAACUAUAGCAAUGUAUCAGCCAUAUGAAGGAAACUGUAAAUAGAUCAUUGAAGUCUGUUAACGCUGGCAUUAUGUUGUAUUUAUUUUUGUUUUUAUUUUGUUACUAUCUAAUUUCAAACGACAAAUGAAAAUAGAAAUCCUAGGUCAGUUCCGACAAUGUAACUUAUCUAUGUGUAUAUAGAAGUCAUUCGUGUAAAAUUCCUAGUAGGC